AUGCAAUUUCAAUCUGGUGAGACUUCAACACGAUCAUCUCAAUCGACAUCUACAUUGGGUAAACAGCAAUAUAUGACAAAGGCCGAAGCAAAACAGAAGGCAUGGAAUGGCCAAAACGGUUUCGGAAGUACCUAUUAUUCAACAAUUUCAAAAAUAGAAAACUAG